UUGAGAGCUGCUAGGUUGUCGAAUGACUACCUUACAAACACAAAUACUUCUGAAUACCCCAAACCAGAAUUUCAUGUGUCUCAGCUGAAACACGACACAGUGAAAGGAGCUUUAAAAAAGAUAAAGGAGAAGGGAGGUUUCGAGGAUACAUUCAUGAAUAAUAAAGACUGUCUGCCCCUGGUGUGGUGGACUCUGGCUGUGGGACGAGAGGAGAUGUGGUUAGCAGAGAGGAGGCUCCUGGAGGAGACCUUUAAAGAACGGACCGAGGAGCAGGCCUGGAGUCAGCGGAGUUUCCUGAAGAAGUUUGCCUCCUCUCCAGCUUUUAGUGAGACGUCCAUGUAUGGAUCUUGCCGCUUCACCUUCACGGUUGAGGAGGUGCUGAAGGCCUACAGCAAGCAAUUUUGCUCUGGGCAGCUGCCCAUAAUGCGUGUCUUCAAGACCUCCUUGUACAAAAAGCAAGUGAUGUAUGCGGUGCUGGUCCACAGGCCAAAUGAUAACAACGAAAACUUCAAACAGUAUCCUGAGCUGCUUGAUGGGCCAAACGCCAUCUGUGCUUAUAGAGAUGGACGCUUCAUUUGGAGACCACAGGCCAUGUGCGGACAAGACAGGUAUAAAUUGAAAAUAGACAUGGUCAACAACCUGGCAGAUGGUGAAGGGCCAUUUCAAAAACCUUACUGUGUCUGGGAUCACGUCGCCCUCGCUCUGCAUGUGAAGAGCGGAGAGGUGCUGAAGUUUGAUUCUGAUGAUAUGAGAAAGAACCUCUCGUUCUGUGAGCGUGAUCAAAGUGUACCCAAAUCUGCAACUGGCUUUGAUACUUAUGAGGACGCUCAAAAAGAGAUUACUCUUUUGUGGCCACCAAAGGAGGCUUCACUCGAGCAGAGUGCGGCAGAUCUCUGUCUUGAAAAAAAAAGACCACGAGAUUAUUAAAUGGAGUCUGGAGACUGCCUGCAGCAAGACGGCAGCUUCAGUUUGAACUCUCUGGGUUCUGCAAACUUUUCUUUUUCCUUAUUGUUAUGAGACCAAACAUAUAACUUCAUGUCGGUCUGGUUAAAGCAUUAACAGAGCGUGUGAAUUUCAUGUUUUAUAUAUUGUAAUCUUUAGUCAUGCUGUGGCUGACAGUGGUAAUUGUACUUUUAUUCUCCUUUUUCUGAGUGAGAGGAGCAUCAACAUGCCUCAAAAAAAAUCAAUAAAUCAAUAAAUAAAAAACCUGGUGGAGGUUAUUAACAAGGAAACAGCCAGGAGGAA